AUGCGCCCGCUGCUGCAGCUGGCUCUCGCCACCCAGGUUGCGGCCCUAGGGCCGCUGUGGCCGCUGCCACAGCGCGUGGUGCCCGGGUCUGGGUCAGUUCUGCUGAAUCCGGCGACCUACCGCUUCGAGGCGAUCACAACUCCCGCCGAGCUGCUGAAGGCGUUCAAGAGAUACAGGCCGCUGUUUUUCCCACGGACCAGCACACCACUCCCUGCAGCUGUGGACGCUGGCCUCGUGGUGAAUGUCAGGGAUGACCAGGCCGACCUCGCCCUCGGCGUGAAUGAGUCUUACAAUCUGGAUGUAAACAUCGAUGGAACUGCGGUGAUCACCGCUGAGACCGUGUGGGGCGCUCUGCGCGGUCUGGAGACGCUUUCCCAGCUGAUCGUCUUCAACUUCACCACAGGGCAGUAUUCCAUCUCGGGCCUACCGCUGCACAUCGAGGAUGCCCCGCGCUUCCCGCACCGUGGGCUCCUGAUCGAUUCGGGCCGCCACUUCGAGCCCGUCGCCCAGGUGAAGGCCCUGCUCGACUCCAUGCAGUACGCCAAGUUCAACGUGCUGCACUGGCACCUGACGGAGGACCAGUCCUUCCCCAUCGCCAGCCGCUCCUUCCCGGAGUUGCCGCAGCACGGGGCCUACAGCGACCAGGAGCAGUACACUUGGCAGGACAUCAGUGAGGUCGUGCAGUACGCCCGGGACCGUGGCAUCCGCGUCAUCCCCGAGUUCGACAUGCCAGGCCACUCCUCCUCCUGGAGGAACUCGCAUCCAGAGAUCUUCGCCGAAGGAUGCCUCAGCGAGACUUCUCGCGGUGCUUUCGACCCGGCGAACCGCGCCACCUUCGCUUUCCUUUUGGCCGCACUCAAGGACUGGACCAGCGGCAUGUUCGUCGAUGGCUUCGUUCACCUGGGAAGUGACGAGGUCCCUUCCGACUGCUGGAACAACACCAAGGACCUGGCCUGGAUGAGAAGCCAGGGCCUGGCGAACUUUACAGAGGUCUUCGACUAUUUUGUGAACCAGAUGGUUCUGAUGGCUAAGAAGCUGGGGAAGCAGACCAUCCUCUGGGACGAAGCCUUCAUGUCCGCGAAGCCGCCAAAGGAGGCAGUGAUCCAGAAUUGGCACGAUUCGAAGCUCAUGCAGCAGAUCGUCAAUGCAGGUUACCGUGCUCUCCUGUCCAACGGAUGGUAUCUCGACCAUCUCAAAACGACAUGGGAGAGCAUGUACGCGAUGGACCCCCAGUUCAACAUCAGCCAGGACAAGGCCCACCUCGUCCUCGGCGGCGAGGGCUGCAUGUGGGGCGAGACGGUGGAUCCUUCCGACAUGGAGUCGACCAUCUGGCCCAGGGCGGCGGCCAUUGCAGAGCGGCUUUGGAGUUCUGCAGGUGCAAACUCGACGGAGGAGGCUGAGCCGCGCCUCCUUGCUUUCAGGCCCACAGGGCCACUUGCAAGUUGGGGGGGGCUUAUAGGGCUUAGGGUUCCAUAG